AUGGAGAAGCCACUACCCGAUCUGCCGGCAGGCACGGCGUCUCGCGCGCGUCGCACGUCCUCGAACCUGGCCUUGACAGUCGAAGCACGCGCGCAUCUGCAUCAUUUCAUCUCUCGACUACUGGAGGAGGAGAAUGACCUUCGCGAUAAAGAGACAUGGGCGGAACGCUUGGAAGCGUCGCUGAACGACCUUGGAGCGAGUAUGGAGCGAGGCGGAUGGCUUGCGGGGUUCAAGCGCGCGAGGUACGUCCGGAAACGACAGCACGAUGAAGAAGAGAAGAGACGGGCGGAGGAACAGGCGAGGAAGGACAAAGAGGAGCAGGAGCAAGCGAGAAACCGGACGGCGAAGGGCAAGAGCAAGUUGAAGGAAACGUUUGUCGAAGAGCUCGUCGCGGAGGACGUCCCGACCGUCAAAGAGCUUGCUGCUUCGCUCGAACAGCUCAGAGAGCAUGCGUCAAACCCAGUGCCACCGACGCCCAAGCCAUCCGUUAAACACAUGCUUCUCACAGUGUCGGGUCUGCCGUCCUCGGAGCCCUCAGAGGACAUGGGGUUCAAGCUAGUGCGCUCCGCCAUACAUUGCUCCUUCAAGUCGGGUGAAUUUGCGCUUCCGAGGGCCGUCGAUGGAGAGGACGUGGCUGAUCCUGUAAUACUUACCGGUCUGGAGAACUGGGGUGCUUCUCUCCUGUCUAGCGACGACCCUCUUCAAGUGGUCGGGGGCACCUUUGUACUGAAAGGCCUAAACGCCCUGCCUCAAUAUCAUGCUGUUUGUCGCAUUCUCCGCCUCGCUGUGUUUACUUAUCUCUCCCUACUUCUCGAGCAAGACUUGCUGUCGAACUCGCACGUCGAACUACACUACCCCAAGGUUACGAUCCCUAAUCUUCCUACAUUCCCUCUUACUGUGGAACGCGCGUCGAGUUCUCCUAAUGUCAAGGAGAAGCCACGACGCGACUCUGGUCCCGGUCUUUGGUCGUUCCUGUCCAAGAAGACGGAAGAUCUCUUGCACCGCGCGACGAACGCCGCACCCGUGAUUGCUAGACGUGGCUCUGUCGACUUAUCUUUUGGGGCGAAAUUCCAGAGGGCCACCUCCCUACCGCAUGGUCCGGACGGGGGCUUCCUGUCGCGGAGGCUGUCGUUGCUCUCUACAGUUGCGUCGAGGACGUCUCAGGACUCGAAGGACCCGCAGACGACGAUUUUUGCAACUCUCGUAGAACGUCUGGAUCUGUGGAAAGACCUCUUAUCUACAUCGCCUGGAGUCGUCUUCUAUCUUCCUGACUUUCUAGUCUCGAUCGUCGAAAGAGAGUCGAAGGAUCCAGGGCGCAAGCUACUCGGGGAUGAGAAGGCUGCCCUGACAAGCCUUCUUGGCUGGCAAGGCAAGGAGACCUCGAGUCAGGGUAUGACUGGCGUGUCUGGCUUUGUACGACAUCAAGGCAUCACCGUCCUCUACUCAGAACACAUACCGGGAACUAGUACCUUACUUUCCUCUCCUCCCACCCCGAGCAAGUCCGACAAUGCUUCGGUUGAGCUUCAAACACCACCCCGGCUCCCGUGUUGGGGCCAGCGGCGUAAAUGGAUCAACUAUCGCUACUACCAACGAGGGCGACACUGGGAUGAGUCGCUCGGCGAGGCAAUUGUACGCUGGUGCGAAACGGCGGAAGAUCCGUGCCGCCAUCCGGAGUGCCAGUUCCAGCGGGGCGAGCACGACAUGCGCUGGAUUCACGGCGGCGUACGCUUGCUGGCUACGGUGUCGCCGCCAACAUCCGGCGAUGCGUCCACAUCCGACGAUUCGGUGCGCAUGUGGGUGGGCUGUGGGAUCUGCGGCAAGGAGUCGUCGAAGGAAGUCAUGCAUGAUGGCACAUUCAUGUUCUCCUUCGCGAAAUUCUUCGAGCUCCUCGUGUACUCGCCCGCAAUCCAUACCCUCUCUCCACCACUCUGCGGGCAUACAGCGUUUCCGGAGAAACCGUGGUCCCCCGUGGAUACCCCAAUCCCUCAGGCACGCUUCAACAUCAUUCGGAGGUUCUCGUACACGGGUCGAAUCGUGACCAUGACUCUCAAUGAUAUCAGGGAUGUCUUCGAGGUACAAGUCCCGAGACUGCAGAUUUUGCGACGGAAGGCAGCAGAGAGGAAAGUCCCGCCGGACUCGGCGUCGAAUCGCAACGGUGCGCAGCCGAGCGUACUGGGAGAAGCGCACAAGAUCCUACGACGAGAGAUCAUGAGGUGGUGGCAAGGGUUGUCCGACCACAUGGACCAACUUGAGGAGCGGUUCAUAGCGGAUCAUCCGAGCGCAUUCCACAAAUCUCUUCCCCGAUUGCCUUCGACAGACGAUGACUAUGACGCUCAAUCCGAGGACGACGCACUAUCGACACCCAAAGCGCACCCGAAACCGCCUCCCAGCAGCCCUCUGACGCCGAAGGUGUACUCAGGCGUCGGGGGUGCGACCAACUCAUAUCCAUUCCUCCCUACUCCGUAUAAUAGCCCGUCCCCCGCCUCACAACCCGGCUCGGUAUCAACAUCCGCGCUGUCAUCUCCGACGCCUACUGAUUCAGUAAUGACGUCGAACACGUCAAGCACCAUAACGAGCGGCGAUGUCGAUUCGUUACAGUUAUUGGCGGGAUUGCGGUACAAAUUUCAGCAGACGGAGCAGGAACUGUACACGGAGCUCGCACACACAUCGGAGAAGAACCUCAAUGAUAUCCGUCGGUCGUUCGUUACUGCCGCUCGAGGUGCAACCAAGCGACUGGCUGCAUGGGAGAAGAAGCACUCGUCAGAGGCGCAUGGACAUCCGAGCACUUUGUCUGAACCACCUGUUGUCCCCGAACCGGAGUGGUGGAAGAACGGAUGCCAUGCUGUCCCAGGCGGCAAUGUCAUCGUCAGGGAGGACGACUGGGGGAGUAUAAUUGCAUUCACGCUCAGCACCGCGGACUACCAAAGGGAGCUGUCGAAUAUGUCCACGCCACGAAACAACACCGCGCCCGCUGCUCCUCCGACAACUCCGACGGUCCCUCGUCCAUCUCUAUUCAGGACACCGGAGUCGUUCAGGCGGUUCGUCUCCGGUUCCACGCCUCAUCUGCCGGACCCCGAUCAUGACGACGCGGGUUGGCAAGAGCCCGAAACGUACUCGGCUGUGAUUAGUCGCAAGGAACACCCGCGAGAACCCGCAGCCCUCGCGGCGAUACGAGACGUCCUGCGACAGAAAGCGUCCGCUGACUCCGGAAUGUCUCCAUCCUUGCUCUCGCCGGCCGGUGCACCAAGUGGAAAACUGAAUGGCACUGAGACCCCUCGCUCUGUUCGCGCCAAGCCCGCGGUCGAAAUUUCGACCCUUGCCGCCGGGGGUCAAGUAAGCGGAAUGCCUGCAGCCGUGGAAUCGGCGGGCAAGAUUUUACACGAUCUCGAAGCAAUCUCGAAAGCGAAUCCGUCGCGAACAUCCCUAUCGGACAGUCGACAUUCGUCGUCCGGAUUCUUCGAGGCGACCAUUCGUCGCGGCAAGGCAUCCUCGCUAAUGACGGACAGCGAUGGUUCUACAGUACAGGAAAGUACCGGAAGUAGCGUCACAAACCCCCCUCCCUUGCCUCCCAAGGAUCUCUCAGAGUCGAAAGACGGAGGGGACGCACACAGUGGUACAGAGCCUCCCCCGACACCAGCAAAGUCCGGUUUCACGUCAGUCUUCACGAAUUCGCUCACCUCAGCGAUGCGCUACGUCCUCCAACCAGGCGAGCUUCCAAGACCGUCGCCAGGAAAGGCGCACCAUGGACUACUAUCCGCCGACGCCCCUGCUAUAGAUGAACGGCCUCACAUCAAGUAUGACUGGACGAUCGGGAAACGGCUGCGGUUUAGCUGUACAGUGUACUAUGCCAAGCAGUUCGACCAGCUUCGGAAGCGAUGCGGGGUGGAAGAUGUCUUCAUGAAGAGCAUGGCGAGAAGCGAGAACUGGGCUGCUGAGGGCGGAAAAAGUCGCUCGAAUUUUUGGAGGACGACGGAUAACCGCUUCAUCAUCAAGACCCUCGUUAACGCAUGGAAUGUCGCUGACCUCCAAGUUCUGAUCGAUCUGGGACCCUCCUACUUCAAGUACAUGGAGGCGACGGCGAGUAAACCGACUGUCCUUGCCAAGUUGCUGGGGUUCUACACCGUUGAGAUCCGCAACCUGGAGAAUGGGAGUACUCAGGCGAAAGCCGAUCUGCUAGUGAUGGAGAAUCUCUUCUACGAUCGGAAAAUCACAAAGACUUUCGACCUCAAGGGUAUCCAGGGACGUAAGAUCAAAGCCAGCAGCGGAUCCCAGUCGAAAACAUUAUUUGAUGGCGAGUGGAUCGAAGGACAACAACGAGCGUUGACGCUUGUACGACUUCAUUCCAAAGUCGUACUGCAGGAGGCCAUCAAAGCCGACUGCGGCUUUCUCGCCAAGAGUAACAUCAUGGAUUAUUCUCUCCUGCUCGGAAUUGACGAGGAGAAUAAGCAGAUGGUCUGCGGUCUUGUGGACACUAUUGGCAGCUACACUUUUGCCAAGACCUUGGAAUACAAGGCUAAGCAAGGCUUGAACUCGUCGAAAGAGGUCACAGUUGUUCCGCCUCAUGAGUAUCAAGAGAGGUUCGUUAGCGCCAUGGACGACUAUUUCCUGGCAUGUCCUGAUAAAUGGUCGCGACCGCUGGACAACUCCCAGAUCCCAAGUGACUACAGGACUUUGCCCAGCGUGCUAUAGUCAUAGAUCGAGGGCGCUCACGCAGUACCGAUGAUGAGGGAGAGGAAUGUCUGGACGAAUUACUCCGUAUCCAUGCUCACAAUUGACAUUGUUGUCCUACCAGCUUAGCUGUAUUUUGCCUUGUAGUUUGUAGCUUUAUGACCGACACGAUACCUCACGGACUGGCUUUGUAGAUCAUCAAUGUACCUCUUACUCGC